GAAAAGAGACACAAACAUAACAUUAUACAAGAUAUUCAAGUUUGUAGGGCACCACACUGUAUUUCGAAUUGCGCGCCCACUGAACACGCUGCCCAGCCCUGACGUAUCGAUAUCGUUGCUCGCCAGCUCUGCUCGUCCAAAACAGCUGACUGGCUGCGUGGAUAGAUUGAUAGAAUUACAUAAAUUUGGAGCCGCUGACGCGAUACUGCCUGGCCGUCAUCAUCACUGAUCGAAUAACCUGCGACAUAUCCUCGUAGCAACCAAACCCGUCACCAUGUACAGAUUUUUGUCCAUUGCGCGGGAGCGCGCCUCCGUGUUCACGUGGCAACAGACGACGCACAACCUGCAGAACCAGCCGCAGCCUCGACUUUAUAGCGCGCCUGGACGCAAGACCGGCUUCUUCUCGCAACUCAUCGACAAUGUGCGGAGCGAGAUGGACAAGAGCAAGGAGAUUAAGGACAACAUCCGCAAGUUUCGGGAGGAGGCACAGAAACUGGAGGAGUCCGAUGCUCUGAAGUCGGCGCGGCAAAAGUUCAACAUUGUCGAGUCGGAGGCGCAAAAAUCGUCGAGUAAGCUCAAAGAGCAGCUGGAUGCCUUCAAAGACAAGAUGGGCGACGUAAUCGAUGACGCCUCCAAGUCGGAUCUGGCCAAAAAGGUCUCCGAGGAGCUGUCCAAGAAGGCCAAGGGCGUCAGCGAUACGAUCUCGGAUACCAGCGGCAAGCUGGGCCAGUCGGGUGCCUUCCAAGCCAUCUCCGACACGACGCGAAUCAUCAAGAAAGAGAUGGACCUGACGAGCAUAGACAACCGCGUUUAUCGGCCACCAGCGAAGCUGCGGAAGCGCGUCCAAGUGGACAUGGCCGAUAGUACUCGUACUUUUGAGCCGAACACUGAGGACACAGGUGUGGAGCUGCACAAGGACUCCAAGUUUAGCCAGUCGUGGGAGAACUUUAAGAACAACAACGCCUACGUGAACAAAGUGCUCGACUGGAAGGUAAAGUACGAGGAAUCGGAGAAUCCCAUGAUCCGUGCAUCCCGCUUGCUAACCGAAAAAGUGUCUGACGUGAUGGGUGGCCUCUUCUCCAAAACGGAGCUGUCCGAGACUAUGACCGAGCUGGUGAAGAUCGAUCCCAACUUCGACCAGAAGGAGUUUCUGCGUGAUUGUGAAACUGACAUCAUUCCCAACGUCCUGGAGGCGAUUGUCCGCGGCGACCUGGAGAUACUGAAGGACUGGUGCUUUGAGAGCACUUACAACAUCAUCGCCACGCCCAUAACGCAAGCGAAAAAGGCUGGCCUCUAUCUGGACUCCAAGAUCCUGGACAUUGAGAACAUUGACCUGGUCAUGGGCAAGGUCAUGGACCAGGGCCCCGUGCUGAUCAUCACGUUCCAGGCGCAACAGAUCAUGUGCGUGCGAGACCAGAAGGGCAAGGUUGUCGAGGGCGAUCCCGAGAAGGUGAUGCGAGUGGCGUACGUGUGGGUGCUCUGUCGCGAUCGGGAGGAACUCAACCCGAAGGCCGCCUGGCGACUGCUGGAGAUUUCCGCCAAUAGCACGGAACAAUUCGUUUAGGCGCGCCCCUCGAGCCCCUCGCACUUAGAAGUUUUAAGUUUCUCAUUAACCUGAUUGACCCUGAACCAUACCCACGGACACUUUCAACGAACUGGACCCAAAGGACUCCAAACAUUUGUACAACAUUUUCGCUUUCGAUUGCUUUGAAAGUUUUGUCAUCUAGGAGUCGGGUGCGUCCCGUUGGUGCCUGGAGCUGCUGGUCGGUUUCAUGGACAUCUGUGAUCCAGCAGCCUGCAGGUCCAGCGGGACGCACCCAACGACGUUCACGUUCGGCGGUUCUACGCCGGCUACGCCCCUCACCGGCCGCCCAUACCCCUCACUCACCAUACGCAUACUUGUUGUUAUAUUUUUACCUAUCAUGUAAGCUGGAUAUGUGUAUGGCAUGAGUGGCAGGAGUUUGGCCCCGUGUUCGGUGCGUGGCGUGGCCUGGCGGGAUUACCGUGCCACCACUUGUGUCUGGCCACAAAUUAAAACAUUGCAGGCAAAACGAUUUAUGCACCAGGCAUACCAAAUAUUGACUAGUGACUGUUAAGGCAAAUUGUUGAGUUUAGAGUUGGUUAGGUAUCUUAAGGCCCAGACAGACGAUCCCCCUAUUUGUAAAUACACUGGCUCUCGCGCUCUGCACAGGCACGAAUGCCGCUUGAAAAGUCUAGAAAAUAAAGCAUAAAAUAUGUUAAGUAA